AAUUAGAGGUCGGAUAGCAUUGUCCUUUUUUUCCUCUUACCCAAGUUGGCAAGAAACAAGUUAAAUUCCUAAAUUUGAGGGUUGUAUAAAAUUCUGAACCAAAGGACAAAAUUCUUAAAAAGGAAAAAAAUAAAUAAAUGGUUAUAGUUUUAACGGCAAACCAUUUGUUAGGGAGAGGAUAAAAAAUAUUUCUCACUACUGACCGUAAUUUAUGAUUCUCUUUAUCUAUUUUCUCUUUAUUAUUCUUUCUUUAGUUUUUCGAUUUUCAGAAUGAUUUGUAUGGACUGAACUCAAAAAUCAUAUCAAUAUUUUCAUUUCCCAUCAUCGAUAUUCUCCUUCUUUAUUGUGUAGCUUAGAAUAUACAUUUAUUUUCUGUUCAUGGCAAUAGAUUACAUUUUUCUUUAAAUGUUUCAAUCGAAGUUUGCAACAAACAUGUCAACCCAAUUUGAUUAUAAUUACGACUUGUUUGUAUAUGAAAUUGGCUAAAAUGUGUCACAUAAGAGUUUUCCAUCUUAGGGUUGUGAGAAAUGAAUGCAUGCAUGCAUAAAAACAGGACCUUGAAAACAUCGAGAACCUAGUUUGAAGGAAAGAAAAAUGGGGUUGAAUUCAAGGGAUAUUCAACUUCAAUUGUCCAGAGUGCUUCAUGUUUCAGCUGAGAUUGGCUACAGUUUCAUGAGAAAGCAUCCAUUGGUUUCGGGUGCUUUGUUGGUGUUCUUCCUUUUGUAUAUAUUUCUCUCUUACAUUUACAACCUGCUGGUUUUCUUGUCCCCAUUUUUUGUGUGCAUCGCCAUUUUUGUUAGAAUAUUUUGGAGUUCUGAGCAAAACCAACUUGAAGAAGAUGUUAAAAAGGCAAAGGAGAAAAGGGUUGAGAUAAAAUCUCCACCAAAAGUGAUCAAGAAUGAGAGACGUGGAAUGCUGUAUAAGUGUCCAUCACAUAAUGCAACAAGUAGAAGAAGAAAUUUCACUGGGAAGAGAUUGGAGGUGUAUGGUGGUUUGGAAAUAAGAGCCAAGGAUUUAUCAUCAGUGUUUCGUAAUGAAUUCACUAUCUCUAACAGAGAUUUUAGCAGAAGGUUUAAACUUUAUGAUGAAGACACAGGUUUUGAUUUCUCGGAGGCUCCGGAAAAGCAAACAUUAUUGUCUGAACCGGUGAUUCAUGGUGAUCAUGGCCAACAGAAAAACACAGAAAACAAAGUGGAUGUGGAAAAAACUCGAAUAGAAGAUGGCAAUAAAAGUGUAGAACCGAAAGAGGAUGAUCAGAAGAAUGCAAUGGAUCUUGGGACGUGUGCGUUUGAGAGACACAAAAGGCUAGAGAGUCUAAUGGCAAGGAGAAAAGCAAGAAAACAAUUGAAGUUGCAGAUAUCAAAUGAUGUGAUUGACAUCAAAUCCAUGUCCUCAAAUCAAAUUGCUCCUUUGUUUAUAUCAAGACUCAACCAUUUUGAUUCUCCGAAAGAAUUUGAGGGCAUACAAAUGCCUGGUUCUGCCCCAUCUGCUUUGAGAAGCCCAUUUGAUAUUCCAUAUGAUCCUUUUGAGGAGAAACCCAAUCUCACAGGGGACGGUUUUGAUCAAGAACUGAAGAAUUUGUUAACAGAACCAAGACAACAAGAAGUCCUUGAAGCCAAAGAGCACACACACCCAAUAGACCAAAGGCUUCAAGGUAGAAUAUUUAUGAUCACUUUCUUUUCUCCUCUUUCUUUCCCAAUCAUGAUGAAACUUAUGCACAUUCCUACAGGUACUGGAGAUAAUAAUCCAUUCGAACAAUUAUCAUCCGAAGAAGCCAGUGAAAGUGAGUCCAAAGCUUUUGUUCCUUUAAGUGAAGAAGGAAAGGAAACAGCAUGUGAAGAGAAUGGAAAAUGUGAAACUGAGAAAACGGUUGACAUCAAUGCUGAAACAACAAACUCCAAUUCAGAGCGUGCAAAUGAGUCAGACAUGAUUCCAACAAUAGAUGAUAAUAGAGCUCAACUUUUAGAGAAGGUUGUUAAGCCUCAAGAGGGUGACAACAAUUUACCAUUAACAAGUGCUAAUGCUACUAAAAUAAAUGACUCUUUGUAUGAAUCUCUUCCACCAUCUGUUGAGAAGAACAAGGCAACAAGUUUCAAUUGUGGCCCAAUCCGUCACACCCCUUCAUGUUCUUUGGCUUCUGACUUACAAGUGGAGGUUUCUGAAAUCGGUUCACCUACACUGACGGUUGAUGAGAACAACGAGACCACCACAACCACUGAUGGAGAAUCGAUUAUUUAUGAUGGGGACAUUGACAAGGAUGUUACUUCUGGCAGUGAAGACAUGUGGGGAGCCUCACUCCAUUCAAGAGAAGUUCGUAGAGUAAGUGAGCAAGAUAUUUCGGAAUUAAAUAGCUGGAGGGACAUUUCUUCACCUCUUUCUUUGCAAAACAUAGAUGAAGAAAAUGCAGCAGAUGUGAGCUCCAUGUCUUCUGACAUACCUGAUGACACUCCGACUUUUUCGAUGACCAAUGACCAACAUAACAUCUUUGGGGUGAAAGACUUUGUCAUGGAACCUUCUCAUUCUUCAGUUGUGGCAGCACGUUGGAAGCGGUUGAUGCGAUUGAUGGAUAAUCGUGCUAACCAUUCAGAAAAAACAAGGGAAGUGUUCAACAUCUCAGAGAAUUCAAGUAAGGCACAAGUCACGAAUGAUGGGAAUAGCUCGACAACCUCUGAGCAAGAUAACACGCAUAACUCACAAGGUAAUGAAGCGUUAAAUUCAGACGUUCAACAAGAAAUAACUGAUGAAGUCUCCAUCAACUCUAAUUCAUCAUCUUCAUCUUCAUCUUCAGGGGCAGAACCAUAGACUGGGCAAUUUAACAUAUCAUAGCUUCAAAAAGAACCAUUAAAUUUUGAUACUAAUGAUGUAUGUAACAAAUUUAACAUAUUUUUUCUAAUGCACAUAUGUAAUAUAUAAUUUUAUUCAUCAUGCAAUACUAACUAACAAACGCGAGUAGUACAUAAGUGAAAUAACCGAUGGUGAACGACAAGAUCAUAGAAGAAAGUAGAAAAAUAAUAACAGCAAUCAUCUCAAAGCAAAUAAAAAAAUAAAAAUAAACAUCCUUUAUUUUCGAAGAGACUAAACCUGUAGCAUAUAACAUCACCAAUAAAGUACUUAUCUUUUAAUAAUAUCAAUAUCAAUUUAGCGAAUUUGUAAAGAACUUAAGAAAAGUCUAGAGUGAAUAAACUCUACAAGUUAUAUUGGUAAUGUUGUAAUUUUCAUUCUAACGCAAGAGUAUAAAUGUCUCCCAAAAUUAUAAAAUUACGUGUACCAAUCCUGUUUCAUAAGUAAAAAUUAUAUAUUAAGGUUGUCAAACUAAAAAAUAUUCGUAAACUUGUAAGAGUU